AACCAGAGGUGUUUUAUCUGCACCCACAUCUCCUCAUACCCCUCUCUCUCUCUCCAGAAAAAACUGGAACUUCCUUUCUGCAUUCCAACACUCUGCUCGGAGAAAACCCUUUAGACCAUUUGAGGUCCUCUUCUUUUCCUUCUGGGGAUUACUCUGGAACGAAGCCCGUCUCAACAGAAAGGACAGAGGAACGCUCUUUGUCGAGCUCUUCCAAUUAAAACACCUGCACCUCUCUCUCUCUCCCUCCCUCGGCUGCUUCUGUUUGUCAAAUCUGUUUUAAGACCCCGUCUCCUUCCUCCUUUUCCUAUCUUUUCAAUAACUGUGUCCCGCUUUGUUCCAUUUGAGUGAGUAAAGAAGAGUUCUUGAAGAUCCAGAAAUGGAUGCAGAACAGGGCGAAGUAACGCUUCAGGGAACGUAGACCCAGCUCUACUCAUCGAGAAGCACAAUAAAUCAAGCAAUCACGCAGAGCUUUGGGGUGCUCAGAAGUCCAACAACAAGAACCUCAACAACCAACCUAUGGGUGGUCAGAACCUCCAGAACCAGCAGCUCCAGCAGGCGAAGGAGUUCCAUGAUUUCCUGGAGCUCCUGCUGCAGCUCCAGCAGUGCCAAGAUUUCCUUCUGCAGCUCCAGCGAUCGAAAGAGUACCAAGAUUUCAAACUGUGGCUCCAGCAGACGAAGGAGGACCAAGAUUUCAUGCAGACGAAAGUGUUCCAAGAUCUCAAGCUGCAGCACCAAUUCAAGGACUCGGGUCCGAACCUGAACCAGAAAGGAGGAGCGAAAGUCACCCUGACUGAGGAUGAGGACCAGCAGCAGCUUCAACAGCUGAACCAGCGCACGAAAGCGUUCCAAGAUCAUCGGGACUUUUCGACUUGUGUUCUAAAAGUGAACAUACACCGUGAUGGCUGUAAGCAGAAAGUGAAGAAAAUCUUGCAGAAAAUUGAGGGGGUGUACACCCUCAAAAUAGAUGCAGAACAGGGCAAAGUGACCGUUUCAGGGAACGUAGACCCAGCUCUACUCAUCAAGAAGCUCAAUAAAUCAGGCACACAUGCAGAGCUUUGGGGUGCUCAGAAGUCCAACAACAACCUCAACAACCAGUUCAAGAACAUGCAAAUUGAUAAUGCCAAAGGUGGAAACAAGGGCCAAAAGGGCGGUGGCAGUGGAGGCGGAGGUGAUGGAAACAACCAGCCUAAGGGUGGUCAGAACCUCCCGAGCCAGCAGCUGUUUCCACAUCCGACCCAGCUGCAGCUCCAUCAGCAGCUCCAGCAGCUCAAGCAGCUUCAGCAGAUGAAAUCUUCCCAAGAUCAUAAGCUGCCCCAAUUCAAGGACCUCAAGAUGCCCUUCAAGGACCCGGGUCCAAACCUGAACCAGAAAGGAGGAGUGAAAUUCAUUCUGCCUGAGGAUGAGGAAUUCACUGAUGAAGAGUCUGAUGACAAUGAUGAAGAUGAUGAUUCUAAGGAUGAUGAGGAGUCUGAUGAAGUCAAUGAUGAAGAUGAUGAUUCUAUGGAUGAUGAGGAGUUUGAUGAUGUCUAUGAUGAUGCCCACCACCAAGCACCCAACAAGACGAAGCCAAUGAUGGGCAAUGGCCAGAUGCCCAACAUGAUGAUGCUGAAUGAGAUGAUGAAUGGGAAUCAUGCCCAGCAGCUCUUGAAUGCUCAAAAGGGUGGGGGAAAUGUUGGAGGUAGUGCUGGUAAUAAUGGCAAGAAAGGUGGCGGUGGUGGAGGUGCGCUUAUUCAGAACAAUGAUGGCAAAAAUGGGAACGGUGGGAAAAAAGGCGGAGGAGGAAAUAAUCAAAGCCAAGGUGGCGGUGGUGGUAAAAAUGGUGGCAAGAACGGGGGUAAUGCCAAAAAUGGUAAGAACGUCCCGAACCAGCAGCAGCUUCAGCAGCUCCAGCAGAUGAAAGCGUUGCAAGAUCUCAAGCUGCCCCAAUUCAAGGACCUCAAGAUGCCCUCCAAGGACCCGGGUCCGAUCCUGAACCAGAAAGGAGGAGGGAAAUUCAUUCUGCCUGAGGAUGAGGAAUUCACUGAUGAAGAGUGGGAUUAUGAUGAAGAUGAUGAUUUUAUGGAUGAUGAGGAUUUUGAUGAUUAUGAUGAUGCCUACCACCAAGCACCCAACAAGACGAAGCCAAUGAUGGGCAAUGGCCAGAUGCCCAACAUGAUGAUGCUAAAUGAGAUGAUGAAUAGGAAUCAUGCCCAGCAGCUCUUGAAUGCUCAAAAGGUUGGGGGAAAUGUUGGAGGUAGCGCUGGUAAUUAUGGCAAGAAAGGUGGCGGUGGUGGAGGUGCGCCUAUCCAGAACAAUGAUGGAAAAAAUGGGAACGGAGGGAAAAAAGGCGGAGGAGGAAAUAAUCAAAGCCAAGGUGGCGGUGGUGGUAAAAAUGGUGGCAAGAACGGGGGUGAUGCCAAAAAUGGUAACCAUGGCGGUAACCCUAACAACAAGAAUGGCAGCAGCGGCGGUCCCAGUGGCAACAUCAAUGGCAACGGCGGCGAAAAGGUUGGAGGAAUGGAAAAUGGGUUCCUCCACAUGGGUGGUGGUGCUAAUGGAAGUGGUGGGCAAAUGGGUGGUAUGAAGAUUCCAAUGGGUCGUAUGGGCAGCAUGCCAACAGGGCAAAUGAGCAAUUUCCCAGCUGUCCCAGGCCUCCCAGAUGCCUCGCUGGGCGGCGGUGGAAGAGUGGGCGGAGCGGAUGGCUCCUUCUCUGGGGCCAGGGCGGAAGCCAUGCCCGGAAAUCCUUACCAGCAGCAGCAGCAGCAAGCCUCUCUGAUGAAUCAGCAGAGGGCUAUGGGCAAUGCGAGGUUCCAGCCCACGACGUACGCCUGGCCGCCGACAGCUAUCAACUGCCCGCAGCCGUACCCUUACCCAUACCCAUACCCCCCCGCUGCCGCCCCGUACCCGUACCCGUACCCAUACCCCCCUGCUGCCGCCCCGUACCCGUACCCCCCCGCUGCCGCCCCAGGAGGAGUGGGACCCCAACUUCAGUGAUGAGAACCCAUCAAGUUGCAAUGUGCCGUGAGAGACUUUGCUGCUUAUAGAAAGACUUGGUGCUGUUGAAAGGGGUUAUUUUAGUUUUUCCCUAAGUGUUUGUGGUGGUGGUGGUUGUGAUGGUGGUUGUCUCAGCCACAGCGGCUGAGCAACUGGUUCUAAUAAAAUUUUAGUGCCCUCUCUUUUCCCCUUCCCUCAUAUUCUCAGCCAAAAAAUGUAGGGUUAUUAAAUUCCUGUAAUAGGGUAGUCACCAUAAGAUAAAAAGGUAAUGUAUCCAUUAGGGAGGGAGGUAGUCUCGAGAAAUAUGUAUGGUGGGUGGUAAUCUCGAGAAAUAUGUAUGGAGGGUGGUGGGGUCAGUGGCGCCUCUCUUCCUCUCCUUUGCUUUUUAAUCUAUGAGAUGUUCAUAUGUGUUUAUAUA